UGAAAACAGCAACAAUAACGAGGCAUAUUAUAAUGAUAAUGUUUAUAACGAUAAAUAUCCAUUGUAUUCUAAUUGAAUGUAAUGGAUAUGGUGGUGGUGGUUAUGGACAUGUUGAAUAUGCAAGACCAGUGAAAAUAAUUGUUAAACAUAUAGCCAAACAUGUACCAUAUCCAAAACCAUAUCCAGUUUAUAAAAAAGUAUUGGUACCGAAACCAUAUCCAAUAUUUAAACCAUUACCGGUGGCAAAAUUUGUGCCCAAACAUGUUAUUGUACCGGUAACUAAACAUGUUUAUGCACCAUAUCCAGUAUUGAAACCAAUACCAGUUGCAAAACCAUUCCCGGUACCAAAACCAAUGCCGGUACCGGUUCCGGUCAAGGUACCAAAACCAUAUAUAGUACAUGUGCCAAAACAUGUACCAGUUGCAAAACCAUAUCCAGUACCUGUGCCGGUAAAAGUACCGAAACCAGUGGUUGUACCUAUUAUGAAACAUGUUCCAUAUCCUGUACCAAAACCGGUACAUAAAAUUAUACCGGUUUUUAAAGAAGUGCCCUAUAUUGUUAAGAAACAUGUACCAGUUUUAGUCGAACAUCAUUAUAAAGAAGUCAAAGUUCCAUUGAAACAUUAUGGUGGCUAUUAAAAUCAAUCAAAUAAUGAAUUGAAUGAAAUUUAAUCGAUUAAAAUUUAAUAAAAUACAAAUAAUAGUCAACUAAUCAUCAUCAUCAUCAUCAUCAUCAUUAUCACCAUCAUCCAGCUGUUGUUAUAUGUGCUCCUACAAAUAAAGAAACGUGUCCGGAUCGCCCCACUGAUCGAUUGAUCAGAAUUGAUUUUUUUUUUGUUUUCAAUUUUCUCGGAUGGAUUAUUAAUAUGAUCAACUUUUUUUAAUGGAAAAUUUUGGAUUAUAAUCCAAAAUAAAUGAUUCCGAUUUUUUUUUUCUUUUUGGCAUCUCAUCAUUUUCAUUGCAUUUCUCAUUUCGUUCAUUGUUUUUUUUUCUUCAUUCUGGGCCCCAAAUCUUAUUAUGGAUUUAUGUGUGUGCUCGUCAAUCAAUCAUCGAUUUUUUUUCCUGUUUUUUUUUCAUUCAUUCAUUCAUUCGCCAUUGAGAAUACAUCAACACCUCGUCAUUUGUCAUAUAAAUUUUUUUUUUCACAUUUCCAUUCUAUCAAUCAGAAUUUCUCUCUCUCUCUCUCUCUCUCUCUCUCUCUCUGCAUCUUUUUUGUGGCUUAUAUUUCAUAAUACACACACACACAACAAUCACUGAAUCUAUUAGAUAUAUAUAUGUGGUACCUGUAGGUAUCAUUUUAA